UUUAAACCCGACUUGACGUUUGGCAUCCAUCUGCAUUGUAACGAAUUUUCAACAAAUCAAUUAAAAGUAGAUUUAGGAUAAUUUCUAAGUGAAUUUUGUGAAAAUGGCCCAAAAUUUCAACCCGUUCGUGGAACAGAUGCCCGAAAAUGUAAAACAAGCUGAAAGUUCGAAAAAAGUGUCCAACGACAACCACGCAGUGACCAAAAGACUACACAAAGAACUGAUGACUCUGAUGAUGUCCGAAGAUAAGAGCAUCUCUGCGUUUCCAGAGGGCGACAAUCUAUUCAAGUGGGUAGGCACCAUCAUGGGGCCCAAGGACACAGUGUACGACAAUUUGAAGUUCAAACUGAGUUUGCAGUUCCCCAAUUCCUACCCCUACACGGCCCCCGUAGUUAAAUUCAUAACGCCGUGCUUUCACCCCAACGUGGACACAAGUGGUAAUAUUUGCCUCGAUAUUUUGAAAGAGAAGUGGUCGGCUUUGUACGACGUUAGGACUAUUCUGUUAUCUAUUCAAGCCUUAUUGGGCGAACCUAAUAUUAGUAGUCCGCUAAACACCACCGCGGCCGACAAGUGGAAGAAAAAAGAUGAGUACAAAAAGCUUCUUUUAGAAUCUUACAAAGAAGUCUAGUCUUAAUUUCUGAUGUUGCUUAUUUAGCAAAGAUUUCAGUUAUGAGGCGUCAUUGUGUAUAAUAGACUGCAUAAUACUAUUUUGUGUUACUGUAUACUUUCAUAUUUUCAUGGGUGUUAUAUAUAAUUUAAAUAAAAAACAUGUUAAACUUGA